AUGCCUCAGAACAGCGAUGGUCACGAAGGAAAGGAUCUCACGUUUAGAGACAUGGUACAUUCUGCUAGACAUCUCAUAGGUAGAAUCUAUGAGAUGCAAGUGGAAGCUGGCAAGAUUCCGGCACAUAAAAGAGAAGAAUGGUUGCGAGAACGAGCUCACCACGAACAUGAUGUCCGCGCAUCAAGUGUCUUAAGCCUCGUCAAAAGUCAACUGAACUUCGUCAAGACAAGUAUCCCAAAUAUGCAGGAUUACCUAAGCAAGUGCGAGACUAAAUUCUACGAGGGACAAGGUGGAUCCCAUGAUCGAGUUCUGCUGGAUCAAUUGAAGGAGGAACGGAACACCGUCGAGGAAAGGUUAACCACAUAA